AUGGCCCAGCAGCCUACUUAUUUCCUUGCACCCAGCUUUCGUUUCAAGCCUGGUACAGGUCCAAUAGCCUUGGGCAAUAUCAUUGCAGACCCGCUGCGGCCGCAUCGAGCGCUGACUACCGUCGGGGAGGAGACGUUGAAGACAGAUUAUCCUCGAGUCGAAACCAUUGCCGAUCAGGACCGUAGUACAGUUCGGAGUGCUAGUUGUGAUUUUUCGAUGGCGAUAUGGUCCCAAUUCCUGCAGACCAUCUCCGCGAAAGUAUCUGGUGGGCGGAGUGUCAACAUGCAAACAACCUAUACAAUGAAGGCCCUUAAAACGACUUAUUUUGUCACCGACCCCGGUCUGGAAGUAAUCGAGGCACGUCUCAGGGCCCCGCGUGUCCAAGCAGUUAUCAAGGCCAGUAAUAUACCUGGCUUCCGGCAUCCGGUUUAUAUGGUCACUGGCCUGAUGGUCGCCAAGGGCUUUGCCGCUGUUCAGGAAAAGGCAAGGACUAAGGCCGGCGAAGUGAGCGCCACUGGAGGUAUCCUCACGCCUGCAGGUGACGUAGGGCUCGGGGCAGGCACCACCAGCUCCUCUACCGCUGGGCAGGGCGAUACAUGGAAGACGACAGAUGAUAUUAUAUUUGCAUAUCAACUUCUUAAGAUCGAGGUCAAGGGUUGGAGGGGGACAAGAGUCGAAUAUGAUGAAUUUAGACACAAUGCGGCGUAUCUCAGCAAAGACGAUUCGGAAUCCUGUUCCGAAUCUGAUGGAGAAGAUGCGGACGACGAAAUUAAGGGACAAGUUACAGUGUGUGCAGCGGGAGUAAACAAUCUAUCACCUUCAAGCCUUGGGGGGGUUGAGAUUGAGCAGGUGGAACUAAAAGAAGGCGAGUAUAGGAUAAUAUGUAUAUCAGCGGUUGACGUGUAA